CAAGGUGUGCAGACGCUUACCGCAACAGCAAACAUAGGUCGAAAUGAAAAUACACCAGUUGAUAAACGACCGGCGGCUACUAUUGAUCUCACAGAUGAUGCACCUAAAAAGCAAAAAACCAACGAAAAUAUAGCAGAUAGUAGGCCAGUUGGAGCUUCUCCCACAGUAUCUAUGUCUAUGUCUGGGAGACAAUCACAAGCAACUCCAUUGCAGGAUACACCCACAAAAGCUAACGUGGGUCCCGGUUCAGGAACAACUCCAACAAAAAAUGGAAUGCCUUUUCCUCGAGCUUGUCCAAAAUGCAAUAUUCACUUCAACCUUUUGGAACCGAUGAAGAACCAUAUGAGGUAUUGUUGUCCAGAAAGGAUGCAACAUUUUUUCCCCAGAGUAGGAAAUGUAGAACUUUCAAGACCACAAAAUACAGUGGAGGAGAGUGACAGAGGAAAACUAAUAAUGCUGGUCAGUGACUUUUAUUAUGGAAAGCAUGCUGGGGACCCUCUGCUGGUGCAACAAGACCAGAAGACCAACACAACCUUCAAAUGUUUCAGCUGUCAAAAAGUUCUCAAAAAAACAAUAUAAGGUUCAUGAACCACAUGAAGCAUCAUUUGGAACUUGAGAAGCAGAGUACAGAAAGUUGGGAAAACCACACCACGUGCCACCACUGUUAUCGCCAGUUUCCAACUCCUUUUCAGCUGCAGUGCCACAUUGAAAGUUCACACACGCUCUAUGAAUCCACA